AUGAGUUCUUUCAAGUCGAAGCGAGGACAGUACAAAGCAGUCCGGCGGGAUGAGUCACGAGUGUCGUCAUCUACCAACGACGAAGAGCGCCAAAUUCCGGAUGAUCCGCCCCCGGUUAAGACGGUAGAAGACGAGCUUGAGGCCCUAAGGAGAAAGGUGCGACGAUUGAGAACCAGCGUGGCGCUUUUGGUCGCUACUUUAGCCAUGACUCUCAUCUUCUUCCUGCUCUACGUUCAGCUGGCAACAGGAUGA